CUCUUUUGGUAGAAUAGUGCAAAAUUAUAAGCGCGAUAUUGAAAAUCGUAAGUGCAAAGUGUGGAUAAAAUGUUCCGUAUCUGCGUCUACCUUUACUCUUGUUGAGCCGACCAGUGCAGUCACCACGGCACGGAAGCGAAAGGCACUGCAGCCACCGGGGCCAACGGCUAACUCAACUGCCACGGAUAUCUUGCCAAGACUUAACGGGACUCUGGCCUCUGCCUGCCCGGGCUGCGCUCGACCGACUUGGGAGUCAAAACGAUAGACUUGAGCUGAAACUGAGCGAGGCACAGACAAUGCCUGCCAAACGACGACAGAGGGCAAAGGUGCGGGGGAAGGUCACCCGUUCCAAAGACUUGUCAUCAGAAGACAUGGAUUCACAGGAUCAACUAAAUGAGAUUACCAACAGACUGGCAAAAAAGCAACUGAAAUCUAGUACAGACACAGAGGUUGAGCACCAGGAACAAAAGGAGAACCAUGGUAAAAGAUUGCAGGGUGAUGGCUAUGACGCUGACUUUGAGACCAGCGAGUUCAGCACUGCAUCGGCAGGAAGCGAUAUGGAUUAUCAAACCCAACCCAGCAAGCCUACUGAUUCCUUCAGAAGUGUUCUCUCACCUAGCCAAGGGUCAUCGGGAAAGCGAAAGGGAAACAAACAAGGGAAUCUGCAGAAACAAGUGGUAAUGCGACAGAGUCAACAAAUGGGGCAGAAUCGCAGCAAGUCAAGCAAUUCCUCCAGAAAUCAGCAAACACAAAGCAGAAGACAGAGCAAGAGGAAGACUCGAAGCACAGACUCCUCCAAAGGCCCUUCGGAAUACAGCUCCAUGGCUUCCUCCUCCCUGCUUAAGUCACCUGAGAUGAUGUUCUCCCUCCCCAACGGGUCGGACAGUUCCACCCCUCUGUCGGGGGGACCGGACUCCAAGGCCGAAAUGAACGAUUCUUGCUUUGGGUUCGAAGGACUGUUGUCCCCGCCCCAGCAGCAGCCGUUGCCAUUCUCUCCAGUCCUCCCUGAGUCCCCAACCUACAUGGUAGACAGUCUUGCCACGUCUCCUACUCUAAACCGCAAGGAGGAGGUCGAGGAAGAUGAGGUGGACGUCCAGGAUGCGCCCCUUUCCCCAUCACCAUCGGACAACCUUGUCCUGAGAUUGUCUCCCUCGCCAGAACGGGCCAUACCAGAAUCCUCAUCCAUGUACUCCUCUAUGGAUUCCAAGUCACAUGCAUCAUCGAGGGGAGGUCAGAAGAGGAAGGUCGAUGUCAAGCUUACAAGUCUCAUCCACAAAGAAGAUGAAAAGGUCCCUCCAAAGAAAACAGUGAAAAGGAGAAAAACGCAAAAGAAGAAAGAAGAGGAUGCCUGGACCAUGAAGAUGAGCACAGAGUUUGAUGAUAUUGAUAUGUUUGAGCUAACAGUGGAAUGAACAUGUAUUGGAUACUACCAUAAGUCUUGGGUACAAGGACAUAGUCUGCAUGCACAGACUCAAAGUUAACACUUUAACAAGCUAUACCAUGUCUGGAGUGAAGACUAGACUCCAAACUGUCUGUGUCUGAUAAGAAGCAGUUUCAGUGCAUUAGUGAAUCUAGUCCAACUACUUCAGAGUCGGCAUCAUUCACUAUGCGUAAACCAAAGGUCUGUGCCUGCAGACUAGCUAGGACACGUGUCAGGUGAUUAUAGGAACAUUCUUUUCUGCACACAUUUCAAUUUUGUAAUGUCUUGGAAGAAGCCCUCCCACUUUAUACACCAUGGUCAAAAGAUGUAAAAGUCGAACAGUGGGAACGAGGUUGCCUGCUGUUUACUGUUAACAAAGGUCUGUGCCUGCAGACUAGCUAGGACACGUGUCAGGUGAUUAUGGGAACAUUCCUUUCUGCACACAUUUCAAAUUUGCAAUGUCUUGGAAGAAGCCCUCCCACUACACCAUGGUCAUAAGAUGUAAAAGUCGAACAGUGUGAACGAGGUUGCCUGCUGUUAACUGUUAACAAAGGUCUGUGCCUGCAGACUAGCUACAUGUAGGACACGUGUCAGGUGAUUAUGGGAACAUUCCUUUCUGCACACAUUUCAAUUUUGCAAUGUCUUGGAAGAAGCCCUCCCACCUACACCAUGGUCAAAAGAUGUAAAAGUCGAACAGUGGGAACGAGGUUGCCUGCUGUUAACUGUUAACAAAGGUCUGUGCCUGCAGACUAGCUAGGACACGUGUCAGGUGAUUAUGGGAACAUUCCUUUCUGCACACAUUUCAAUUUUGCAAUGUCUUGGAAGAAGCCCUCCCACCAUGGUCAAAAGAUGUAAAGGUCGAAGGAUGGGAACGAGGUUGCCUGCUGUUAACUGUGUGCAUGCAUGUACUUUAUAUUCUGUGAUAUGGAUCAGUGAAUGUUUCUCAUGUUCUGCUUCCUAAAAUAUAUAAAGUAGAUUAUAGUCUAGAAUGCAGUUUUCUUUUUCAUUUUUGUAAAUACUUAAUGUCAUGUACAGUCUAACAAGUAUAUGAUUUGAUAAGAGAAGAGUAUAAAUCCAACAAGCAUAACACAGAGAAUAUCAGAUGUUUUUAUACUUUUCACUUCAUUUUACAAGAUCAAUUAUAUUAUAUAUGUGAUGUAUGCAAAUGAGAGAGCAGAAGACAUUGUACACUUACUAUUCCAUACCUAUUUCAUUACGUGAAUUAUGAAAUAGUUUGAUUUUUUUUAUUCAUUUCAAUUUGUUUUUUAUGAAGAAUGUGGAAAUAGCGAUAGAGAAGCACUUGAUUGAAUCAAAAGAAAUUCCAACUGGUUAUUCCAAGAGGAGUCAAACCAUGCUUUACAUAAAAGGAAGAAAAAAUUGUAAUCUUUGGUUUUAUUUGGAUAAAUAAAAUAGAGACAAAACAGAGUUCAUUUUCAUUUUCAGUGCUAUAAUUAUUAAAUUCUGCUUUAUUUGAUCAACCAUUCAACUUCCUGUUGAGGGCUUUACACAUAUUUUGUAUAAUAAACCAAUUCAUUGUAGUUUGUCUUAAUAGGCCAGUCUUGUCUUGUCAGUGAUCUCUACUGAAGAUCAGUGAAGAAGAAAAAAGGAAACAGUUCCUGCAUAUUGUUUAUGUAUUAAUGAAGGAUUAUGAUGUUUUUUGGUUUUUUUAACAAAUCACUAUCAUGCUAUGAAAUGGGUCACAGUAUUUUUUUUCCAUGUGACACUGUAUGUGUCAUUCUAGUUACUUGAUUGAGCUUAGAAUGUGUUUAUAAUCAUCAGCGGAGUGAGAUUGUGUUGUACAUAGACUUGAACAAUCAUUAAUCAAAGGUUUGUGAUUGAAUGAUUAAAGAUAAAUGAAUGUGGUUGAAGUAAACACUGAUUCCAUGGGAAAGUCAGUAAAUCCAUGGCUAGAUGUGACUAUAUCAUCAGAUUUAGAUAUGGUAUAGUUACAUAAGUUGAACUCUGUGAAAUGAUGAAAUCUAAUCUGAAAAUGUACCACAAAGAUAAGCAUAUGUGGGACAGUUUAUUAUUAUUGAUAAUUUUUCAGCAAUUACAGAAUUUCUUUGACACAUAUUUUUCUAUUUUUACAUACAGAUACUUGUGAAGUCAUUUUAUUGGAUUCUGUAUGAUCUAGUUUUGACUUGCAUAUAUCUUUUUGACAGGCUAUCAGGACCAUUACAGUCAUAUAAGAGGUUAUAGAAUGAAAAAAAAGUAUACAAAUGUAUAAAGAAAUGUAGUUCUUUUAAGAUUGGUUGACUUGCUUUGAUUUUCAUUUGUGUUUUUGUCUCGCCUGCAUAGCAGAGCGAGACUAUAGGCGCCGCUUUUCCGACGGCGGCGGCGGCGUCAACAUCAAAUCUUAACCUAAGGUUAAGUUUUUGAAAUGACAUCAUAACUUAGAAAGUAUAUGGACCUAGUUCAUGAAACUUGGACAUAAGGUUAAUCAAGUAUUACUGAACAUCCUGCCUGAGUUCCAGGUCACAUGACCAAGGUCAAAGGUCAUUUAGGGUCAAUGAACUUAGACCAUGUUGGGAAAAUUAUUUUCAAAAUCUUAACCGAAGGUUAAGUUUUUGAAAUGACAUCAUAACUUAGAAAGUAUAUGGACCUAGUUCAUGAAACUUGGGCAUAAGGUUAAUCAAGUAUUAGUGAACAUCCUGCUCGAGUUUCAGGUCACGUGACCAAGGUCAAAUGUCAUUUAGGGUCAAUGAACUUUGGUCAAGUUGGGGGUAUUUGUUGAAUUACUAUCAUAACUUUGAAAAUAUAUGGAUCUAGUCCAUGAAACUUGGACAUGAGGUUAAUCAAGUAUUAGUGAACAUCCUGCUUGAGUUUCAGGUCACAUGACCAAGGUCAAAGGUCAUUUAGGGUCAAUGAACUUUGGCCAAGUUGGGGGUAUUUGUUGAAUUACCAUCAUAACUUUGAAAAUUUAUGGAUCUAGUUUAUGAAACUUGGACAUUAGGUUAAUCAAGUACCACUGAAUAUCCUGUGCGAGUUUCAGGUCACAUGACCAUGGUCAAUGGUCAUUUAAGGUCAAUGAACUUUGACCGUGUUGGGGGUAUUUGUUAAAUUACCAUCCUAACUCUGAAAGUUUAUGGAUCUAGUUAAUAAAACUUGGACAUAAGAGUAAUCAAGUAUCACUGAACAUCCUGUACGAGUUUCAGGUCACAUGACCAUGGUCAAAGGUCAUUCAAGGUCAAUGAACUUUGGCCGUGUUGGGGGUAUUUGUUGAAUUACCAUCCUAACUCUGAAAGUUUAUGGAUCUAGUUCAUAAAACUUGGGAUAUAAGAGUAAUCAAGCAUCACUGAACAUCUCCUGUGAGUUUCAGGUCACAAAACCAAGUCAAAGGUCAGUUAAGGUCAAUAAACGUAGGCCAUGUUGGGGUAAUUGUUGAAGUGCCAUCAUAACUUUGAAAGUUUAUGGAUAGAGUGAAUGAAAUGUGGACAUGGGUGUAGUUGACAGUCUUAAGUCUCCGUUCAAAUGUCAUUUAUGGUCAAUGAACGUGGUAUUAUGUCAUUAUAUGAAUGAUGUUUUUGUGAAUGAUUAUUUUAUAGUAGUUUUCAAAGUUAGCACUGCUGCUAUAUUAAAUUGCGUAAUGCAGGCGAGACUGCCAGAGGCGUUCCACUUGUUAUGACAUAUGUUCUUAAAUCAAUGAACUUCAUUUACUGGUGAUGUUUUAUGUGUACAUGCCCACCGUUCUUUUUUUUAUAGUAUUGGAGGCUUAUUUAAAUUGAAAUUGACUUAAUUUGUAAUGUUACGAUGAUGUAACUCCGGUUUGCUAUCAAAGCUAAAUGAUAUACAUGUUAUAUAUAUUUUGCCUAGUGAUGCUUGUAGGUGGAUUUGAAUACAUUUUUACUUGGUCUGGGAAGUGAGCAAGGAGAGUGGGGGGGCUGACCAUGCAAAAAAUCACAAUCGUAUGGUCAUUUUUACGUUUUUGUACAUGGUUUUGGAAAAAAGUGGGGGGGGCUGAAGCCCCCCCCCCCCCCCAGCCCCCCCGCUUCCGCGGCCCCUGCAUGUAGCCUCACCAAACUCAUAUCUUGUGGUCAUGAUAAGAUAAUAGAAAUCUGAGUCGGGUUUGAAAAGUCAAUGAAAUUAUAAUAAACAACACUUUUCAUUUUAAAGGUAGAUUUAUCAAGUUCAUACCCAUGGUAUCCAGUGAAGAAUUGGGUAAAGUCAUGAUAAUCAUUAUAAAAUAGGGCUCAAAGGUUGCAAAUCUUCAUCUUAGAAUUUAAAAGGGCAUGCCGUCUCUAGUAUGCUCUUUAAGGCCAAAAGGUAAAGGUCACUAUUUUUUGGCGCAAAAUUCAGUUCUGUACAUUCACUGAGGUGGAUACAAGUGCUAUAGAAGUGACCACAAUGAUUAUUAUCAUUUAUUCUUAUUAUCACUUUCUCAGUCUUGUGCCUUUUAAGUAUAUGUUACAGUAGAGCAUUGUAUUUAGAAAGACAAGAUAAUGAAUUUGUCUAGUCAUAGAAUCACUACCACAUUGUUAGAUUAGGCAUUGUCAAUCUUAAUGAUAAGAUGAGCUACCAGUACCAGGGCCCCGUCUUUCAAAGAGUUGAUUGAUCCGAUCAAUCACAACUAUGGAAAGCUAGCAACGUCAACAUCUAAAAUGCAUGUUUGUUCAAAUUAUUUUCUUACUGUAAUGUAUAUUCACUAUUGUUUACUUGAAAAUUCACUGUGCUUCUCUUUGUUUUUAGGACAUUAUGCAAAUUUCCUGUUAAAAAAAUUAUGACAUUGAUGGAUUUCCAUAGAGUUACGAUUGAUUUGAUCAAUGGUAACUCUUGAUAAGAUGGUGCCCAGAUGUAAAUUGCAUAUUCAUGUAUGUUUAAGUUCAGGGGUUAUAGUUAAUGCGUUUCACAAGAGUUAAAUGUGACUAAAAUGCUGACACAUACUAAACAUUUUGUAUGCAAUUUUAAUUUUUAAUACCCAGUUGUGCGUGCAUCUUGAUUUGACCAAAGUCGUGAUGCAUUUUAUACCCUUUCAACUUGGAAUUUGAGUGUGACUCUAAGUCAUAAUCAACCCUUUGUGAAACUCCCCCUGUAUGUCUACAUAAAGAUUAUGUGAUUAAUAGAAUCUGCAUUCAAACAAGGGCAAAAGAGAUGUAUUUUGAAUAUUUUGAGUAUUGUUUAGAUAUGUGAUAAAAAGAAAUUACAGAAGAAUGGAAAAAGAAGGAAAUGAUCAUGCUUGAUUAAAAAAGAAAUUAACUUUUAUAUCCUUUUUUUAAGGUAUCAAAUAACGAAAAUCACUUUUGUAAUUUUUUGAUGUAUCAUAUAUAUGAACAAAUAUUAUUUUGAGAAUGAAGGAAUGCCUUGUCUUGUGAUAACAUAUAAAAAGAAUAUUACGCUUCUUGUUUUGUACAUUCAAACAGUCAACUACUGAGGGACACCAUAAUAAUAUUGUAAAUACAGCUAAAAUAUGACCUACCAUAUUUUGUAAAUAAAUGAGCACAUAAAAAUAACAUA